AUGGAGAUCCGGCCGGAAAGGUUUAAGGUCGUGGCAGCCAAGACUCUCGGAAAAAUAUACGGGGCGCUUGAGAAGAAGCAGGAAAAUGGCGAGACCAUUGAGCUGUCGGCGGAGGGCCGGCCAGAGCUGGUGGAGGAGAAGGAGAUGCCUUUGGUGGACUGCACAUGCUUUGGCCUGCCCAGGCGCUACAUCAUUGCCAUCCUCUCUGGCAUUGGCUUCUGCAUUUCCUUUGGUAUCAGAUGCAACUUGGGCGUGGCCAUUGUCAGCAUGGUCAACAGCCACACCAUCUUCAGAGACAACAAGGAGGUUGUAGUGAAAGCUCAGUUUGAUUGGGAUCCAGAAACAGUGGGAAUGAUCCACGGCUCCUUCUUCUGGGGUUACAUAGUAACCCAAAUCCCUGGAGGGUUCAUCUGUCAAAAGUUUGCAGCAAACAGAGUGUUUGGCUUUGCCAUAGUGGCCACGUCUUUCCUGAAUAUGCUCAUCCCUUCAGCAGCACGGAUACAUUUUGGCUGUGUAAUCAUUGUCAGGGUAUUUCAAGGACUUGUGGAGGGGGUUUCAUAUCCGGCCUGUCAUGGUAUUUGGGCAAAAUGGGCACCACCUCUUGAGAGAAGUCGCUUGGCCACAACAGCCUUUUGUGGUUCAUAUGCUGGUGCAGUCAUUGCCAUGCCAUUAGCUGGAAUCCUAGUCCAGUACUCAGGGUGGUCCUCAGUCUUCUAUGUGUACGGAAGUUUUGGGGUCAUGUGGUACUGCUUCUGGUUCCUGGUAUCUUAUGAAAGUCCAGCGGCCCACCCUACCAUCACGGAGGAGGAGAGAAAAUAUAUAGAAGAAAGCAUUGGCGAGUCAGCUCAGCAUUCAGUGGCGAAAUUCAAAGCACCUUGGAAGGCCUUCUUUACAUCCAUGCCAGUGUAUGCUAUCAUCGUGGCUAAUUUCUGCAGAAGCUGGACUUUCUAUUUGCUUCUCAUCAGCCAGCCUGCAUACUUCGAGGAGGUGUUUGGGUUUGAGAUUAGCAAGGUGGGCAUAGUUUCUGCACUUCCGCACCUCGUCAUGACCAUUAUUGUGCCCAUUGGUGGCCAGAUUGCUGACUAUCUGCGCUCCAACCAAAUUAUGACCACCACUAACGUCCGGAAGCUUAUGAACUGCGGAGGAUUUGGAAUGGAGGCAACCCUGCUGCUGGUGGUGGGCUUCUCUCAUACAAAAGGGGUUGCCAUUACAUUCCUGGUCCUUGCUGUGGGUUUCUCUGGCUUUGCCAUUUCAGGUUUCAAUGUCAACCACCUGGACAUUGCACCUCGCUAUGCCAGUAUCCUCAUGGGUAUCUCCAAUGGUGUGGGCACUUUGUCUGGUAUGGUUUGUCCUCUUAUAGUUGGUGCCAUGACAAAGCAUAAGACACGAGAAGAGUGGCAGGGUGUGUUUCUCAUCGCCUCACUUGUUCACUACGGAGGUGUUAUAUUCUAUGGCAUCUUUGCAUCAGGAGAGAAGCAAGCUUGGGCAGAGCCAGAGCAGCUGAGUGAUGAGAAAUGUGGCAUCCUGGAUGAGGAUGAGCUUGCAAAUGAGACAGAGGAGCUGUAUCGCACAAGUGGUGGAGGAGGCUACGGAGCCACGAACCAGGGAGCAGAUCCCAACGGAGGCGGAGGCAUUGGGGGAGGGGGCUGGGUCUCAGACUGGGACAAAACUGAGGAGUACGUCCAACCCGCUGGAACCAAUAAUUACCUUUAUGGAGAAGAGGGGGAACGAGAGUUAACAUAAAACCAUCAGCAUCUUCUGCACAUAGCCUUUAGUGAGGCAGGAACAGUACAUCAACAGUGUGGAGUUUGACCUGAUGGCACUAAGAACUUUGAAAGUGCAGAUUUUAAAAGGAAUGUGGGAGGGGACUAUUUUCAGCAAGUCUGACUGUAUUAUCCUAACUGAACUGAAUUCAAAGAGAUUCCAAAGUGAAGGGGAGGACAUUAGUAAAUGUAAAAUGUGUGUUUGUGUGUGAUUGCAAUUGUGUAUGUUGUGUGACAGUCAAUCUAAGUAAGAGUGUUUUAGGACUCAUCACCCUCCCUGUGAUCUCUGGGAGGAGGACUGUGUUUUAGGCCUGGAGUGGCUUUCUUUAAUAUUUAUUCAUGGGUAUAAUUGUAGGAAUUUCUAUAUUAUCUGAGAGGAUUUGGGUUUCGUUUGUACACCUGUCACUUAUAUUGAAUCACUUAAGAUUAUAAAUCUCUAGGUGCAUGUUGGCCACAAAUACAUUUCUGCUGUUGGGUUAAAACCGACUGAGUUUUUUUGAUGGAAAAAGUUUCGUAAAUGGUUGUAGAAUUUACACCUCCGCUGAAGUUAAAACACAAAAUCAUCAAAAGAACUGCAAGAUUUUCACACAGUGCUGUCAACGCGUUCCCCCCUAAAAACAGUGUUAAGUUUUGUCCUUAAUGUGCACACUUUAAAGAAGAAGCAUGUUAUUUGUGCCAAUACAACAAAAUAUUUUGCUAUGUAGUAUUGGUUUACUCAUCAACUGAGAAAGUAAUUGAACAACUGCACAAAUUACUGUACACAGCUCUAUGAGAAGUCUAAAUAGCCCAGGCUUCAUUUGUAGCUGUAGCAUUUUUGAUUUCCUCAUGCUAAAAUGCUUUUUUUGUACAAGGCCUCGAACCUGUCUAUCCAGCUGCUGACAUGCUGGGGAAUAAAAAUGCCUCAUACAGGACAAGAAGAAAUGUGUUAGUAACAAUCCCUUUCAAGUCAGGUUUUUAGCUUAGAGUCACAUUCAUCUCUGAUAGAUCUCUUUGAAACUGUUCUUUUCAAAUUCCAUAUCUGAAUUUUGUUCGGUUUGCUUUACAUCUAAAAUAAUCUUCAUUAAUGCUAAUCUUUCAUGUUGCUGUUGUGUUCAGGCAAUUCAUGCUAUAAGUGUAAACAUCAGGAGAAGCACUUUGCUGUCACCGUAUAACUUAAGAAAUCCAACGCAGGUCAGUCUGUGUGGUGCCAGUUAUGUAGCAUAAUGAUAAAAUGACAGACUUUGCAAAUAGAGCCAUCACAUAGAUCCCAGUCAUUCUCAUUUAAAGGUUAUCCCCCUUCGCUUUGUUUUAUAGUGCAGGAAAGUGAAGCUAUGUGAAGUGGUCAGUAAAUGAGGACCAGUGGAAAAAAUAAAAGGCUGAUAAUGGAAAACAAAACAAUGACAUGUCACUGUACAUGAGCAAUUAAUUUAAUUUUUCUUAGUAGAUGUUGUAAUGUAUCCAACUAGCCCCCAAAACACAGCUUUAGAUUUGAAAGAAACAUGUGUUAGAUUAUUGAAGUGGUAUCACUUUGACUGAUACUAUUUCAAGUUCACUAGUUGAUUCAAUAUUAAAUGUUAGGGUUUUUACUGUUUUUGUUAUUUUCGUAAAUUCCUUGCUAUUAAAUGUUUUGUUCUGGAUUUUAAACCAAAAUGAUAUAUGUAAAAGUCAUGUACAUGUGAAAAAUAUUGUAAAAUAAAACCUAGAGGUGAUCAUUCAUGUACAACAAUAAUAGAUAUUCUUACUCCCAUUUUUAUGUAUUAAUUGAAGAGCAGAUGAUUACAGCUGGGUGUUACUUUUUUUUUUUUUUAAUUAUGGCACCUGUUUAUUUUUUCUUUCUUUCUUUUCUUUUUUCUUGCAAGCCAACUUUCUUCCGCUCCAUACCUGAUUCAGGAACUAAUAAUGUAGGUCUUUGGACACAGUGGUUUCAUGUUACCCAUAAUGCUGUACUCC